AUGCCGCGGCUCUCUUCCUCUGCCUUCUUCCCCUCCGGCAGGCGAGUGCAGAAUGUCCACACGGGCCUGGACCUGGCCGUGCCGCAGCACCAGGAGGUGCGGGGCAAGAUGAUGUCCGGCCACGUGGAGUACCAGAUCCUGGUGGUCACCCGGCUGGCUGCCUUCAAGUCGGCCAAGCACAGGCCCGAGGAUGUGGUCCAGUUCUUGGUCUCCAAGAAGUACAGCGAGAUCGAGGAGUUCUACCAGAAGCUGAGCGGUCGGUACCCAGCGGCCAGCCUGCCCCCGCUCCCCAGGAAGGUCCUGUUCGUCGGGGAGUCCGACAUCCGGGAAAGGAGAGCCGUGUUCCACGAGAUCCUGCGCUGCGUCUCCCAGGACGCGGAGCUGGCCGCCAGCCCAGAGCUGCUGGAAUUCUUAGGCACCAGCUCCCCGGGGGCGGCAGACCCCAGCAGCAGAGGUGUCUCUGUCCUGGACACAGGAGGCCAGGCCGGGGACGAUGGGGAGGUUUUCGACUUCUUCCAGCAGCAGGAAGGUGUGGAGCGGCCGCCCACCCCCCGCCAGGAAGAGGACGCAGGGAAGUCCUCGGAAGAGGAGGAGGCACUGGACCCUCUGGGCAUCAUGCGCUCCAAGAAGCCAAAAAAAUGCCCCAAAGUAGCUGCGAAGCCCAGACCCUCGCCACGGCUCACCCUCUUUGACGAGGAGGUAGACCCUGAUGCAGGGCUCUUCAGCCCAAGCAGGAAGCUCUCCGCCGGGGGCUCCGCAGAGGACCCACCCCCCAGGGACCCCCUGAAGUUGUUUGACGAUCCUGACCUCGGUGGGGCCGUCCCCCUGGGUGACCCCUUACUGCUGCCGGCAGCACCUGCGAGUGGAGGGCCCGCGCCUCGCCUGGGCUACGGAGAGGCCGCUGAGGAGCUGUUCAGAGUGGAAGAGGACUUGGACCAGAUUCUGAACCUGGGGGCUGAGACCAAACCCCAGCCCCCGCCUAAGCCCAAACCGCCCGUGGCAGCUAAGCCAGCGCCACCCAGAAAGCCAGCUGCUCCCCCCAGAGCGGGCCCGUCUGAGGCCGCCGCCGGGCCGCCACCGCCGCCGCCGCAGCAGAUCCAGGCCAUGGACGAGAUGGACAUCCUGCAGUACAUCCGGGACCACGAUGCGCCCGGCCAGGCCGCCCCCAGCCUCUUCUGACCCUCCCUGCCCUGUGCUGGCCCUGGGCCGGCAGCCCCUCCCCUGUGCCGAGGUGGGGACUGUGCCUUGCAGGCCCAGACCUCUAGUGCCGGGGGUUGGGGGCGGGGUGGAAGCCGGGGUCACAGGACCCCUGUCCUAUCUGUGCCUUUUUCUCUGGCCGGUGGGGUCACGGGCCCCUGUGGGGUACAGAGAGGGGGUCCCCAGAGGAAUUGAGCUCAGUUGCCUCAGCCACAGCAUGUGGAGGGGGAGCUGGUGGGGAUCCUGGCUAACGGGAGCCUGGCCCCAGGAUGGACUGGGAUGGGGAGCCCAGGGCGGCUCAUGCAGGGCAGGAGACUGUGUCCACUUGUGCCCACCGGCUCUGCCGCCUCUGCACGGGAUGGAGGGCCUGCCACCCUGAGUGGGGCUGGGGGCAGCAUGGCCCCUGGGCUGGUGGCUCUGGGAGGGGUCCCCCAGGAGAGGGAUGUUGAGUGGGUGCCUGGGGGA